GUUUCAGGAACGGCCUAUGGUCUCUAUCUCUUGGGCCUUGGCUGGAUUUGCAUCGUAUUACUCCUUGGCAAUCAGGCUCGACCGACAGUUUACUCAGCACUAGCCGAAUCAUGGGAUUCAUGGCAGGGUCUUUCACGGCAUUGCUGCACGUGGUGAGCUUAAGCGUAUCGCCAAUAAAUACUUGGUUCCUCCAAAGGCUCUAUUACCCGUUUCUUUCCGUAAUAAUGGAUUUGGAGUUACUGCAAGUGUCCGCGCCAGGAUUGGCGUACAUCUGUCUUGGUGGUUUUGUAGUCUUGUUCUCGAUAGUAUCCCUCCUGGUAAAAGAGAAGUUUUAUAUCAACGAAGUCGUCCUCGGAACUGGCUUUGGGAUCAUCAUAGGCCCUCACGUCGCCAAUGUAUUCACACCCCGCACAUGGGGUCCCUUGGAAAAUACCAUAACAUUGGAGGUAAUGCGCAUCGUCCUCGCCACCGGCUUGUUCGCAGUUGGUGUCGAAUUACCAUGUGCAUAUAUGAAAGAACAUGCAAAGAGCUUGCUCAUAAUGGUCGUACCCACCAUGGCCUUUGGCUGGGUCGUUGUCGCCGGCAUCAUACAAGCGCUGUUUCCGGAGCUCAAUUAUGUCUCAUCUCUUUGCAUUGCUGCUUGUUUGACCCCUACGGACCCAGUCACAUGUGCUGCCAUAACUCGCGGUAAAUUUGCUACUAAACAUGUCCCUGUGAACAUUCGUCAGAUAUUAUCUGCGGAAUCCGCAGCGAAUGAUGGUCUUGCGUACCCGUUCCUUGCGAUAUCCAUUUACCUCACCAUAGAGACAUCCGUUCGAACUGCUCUCGGCAAGUGGUUCUUGGUGGGAUGGCUAUACCAGGUCAUACUUGGUACUGUUUUAGGUGCUGUUCUAGGCCUUCUAUUCUCGAAGCUCAUGAAGAUAUCCCACAAGAGGGGCUUUAUUGAUCGUGAAUCAUAUGUGGCACAGUAUCUGGCUCUGGCCAUCUUCACUAUGGGAAUCGCGAGCACCAUUGGUGCUGAUGAUCUUCUUGCAGCAUUCGCGGCAGGUUCUGCAAUUUCUUGGGACGGUCACUUCAAUGUACAGACAGAAGAUGAUGUAUUCUCUUCUGUGAUAGACUAUGUCUUGAACUGUGGCUGUUUCAUCUACAUCGGUGCUUGGCUACCUUUUGACGCCUACAAUUCUGCUGAAUAUGGCAUCACCCCUUGGAAGCUCUUUCUCCUUAUGAUCACUAUUUUGGUUCUGAGGCGAAUUCCGCCCUUAUUGGCACUUUACAAGUUUGUCCCAGAGAUUACUUCCUGGAAGGAAGCGUUAUUCUCUGGCCAUUUUGGUCCAAUGGGAGUCAGCGCAGUUUUCGUAUCUGCCUUAGCUCUUACGCGUUUACCCACUCCGGAAGACCCGCCUGCAAAUCAAGCCCAGUAUCUCGCAGCAGUUAUCCAGCCUAUUGUUUCCUUUAUCGUCCUCGGCUCUAUUAUCGUUCAUGGCUUAUCUAUCCCAUUCUUCAACAUGGGCCGUGGCGUUCACUCUCACACGGUCUCAUUAACCAUGACGUGGACCAGCCGCAAUCGUGCUACGGUCCCGGAUUGGGUUCUUUGGGCCCGCCGUGCUCCGGAUGUCGUGGAGUCAGCUGUGGAUGAAGAUGUAGAGCAAGGUUCCACCAGGACCCCUAAAGACACCGAUGAAUCUACUGUAAAUAUUCCAGACACCGGUCCCCCGAAUGUCCUAACCUUCGAGGAUGUUCAUGGGGAUGUCGUGUCAGUCGUGACUAGACGUCAUAGUCGUGGUAUAGAUGACUCUUCUCCAGAACUGGUGCAGGUUGAGGCUAUCGACAACCACGCUGGACCAGGGAAUUUGGAUAAUGGCGCUCCGGAUGAUAAUCAGAUUAAGAAUGUGCGCUUCCCGACUGCUCAAUAACAACUACCGAGUGUCCGUGGACUGGCAUGUAUAAAUUGUAGCUAUGACUUGUGCGGUAGUCGCGACUCGCAUGUUACAUACAAUAUUACGCUUACCACGUUGAAACACCCCUUUCCCCCGUUGCAUUACUCGCUUCCUCUACCCCUUUACACUCCACUUUCCUUAGUGGUAGGAAUAAUGGCAUGCACGCGUUCCCAAAGAUGUUACCCCUUGAGUUACAAAUGUCCGUGCAAAAAAUAGUCAAGGAUUAAUAAACAAAAGCGAAUAUGCAGCGGGUAUGUAUGCGGCGAAUGGUCCGAACACUAUGAAACCUCUAGACUACGAGAUACAUAUGCAAUGGCGCAGGUUAGCCCUGGAUGUGAACUACUGAUAUGGUACGUGUAUGCGGGGGUGUCCACGGAAGUGUAUGUAGGGAGGAUGAAAUCGACUGACUGAGUGGAUCAUUCAAAAGGAUUCGUGCGUCCAGCCUGAAGC